AUGGAGAGGCCAAGAGCCCCUCCAUCUCCCUUGACCGAUUUGGAGCCAUUAAGUGAACGCAGAUCCCUUGAGAUUUACAACCCCUCGGGUGGAAAAGAGGUAAACGGAUCAUCUUCUUCAUCAAAGCCUCGUGAUGGUAACAGCAAAGGUAGCAGCAGUAAGUGGAUGGAAUUUCAAGAUUCCGCAAAGAUAGUAGAGAGAACUGCUGAAUGGGGAUUAUCAGCUGUUAAGCCAGACUCGGGAGAAGAUGGCAUUAGUUUCAAGUUGUCUAGUGAAGUGGAACGGAGCAGAAACAUGUCUAGGAGGUCAUCCGAAGAAUCAACAUCUUCUGAAUCAGGGGCCUUUCCUAGAGUAUCUCAGGAGCUCAAAACCGCUCUUUCUACGUUGCAGCAGACCUUUGUUGUCUCUGACGCUACACUGCCGCACUGUCCUAUAGUGUAUGCCAGCAGCGGAUUCUUCACCAUGACCGGUUAUUCUUCCAAGGAAAUUAUUGGAAGAAACUGCCGGUUUCUGCAAGGGCCGGACACAGACCAGAAAGAGGUUGCCAAAAUCAGAGAUUGUGUCAAGAAUGGAAAAAGUUACUGCGGAAGGCUGUUAAACUACAAAAAGGAUGGAACCCCCUUCUGGAAUCUUCUCACAGUCACUCCUAUCAAGGACGACAAUGGCAAGACCAUCAAGUUCAUUGGGAUGCAGGUUGAAGUUAGCAAAUACACAGAAGGCGUAAACGAUAAAGAAUUGAGGCCUAAUGGACUUUCCAAAUCCCUGAUUCGAUACGAUGCUCGCCAGAAGGAGAAAGCUUUGAAUUCCAUCACAGAGGUCGUGCAGACAAUAAAACAUCGCAAUUCUCAAGUGCGGGAUUCCGUGAGCAAUGAUAUUAUGGUGAAGCCUGAUAGUGCUACUACACCUGGUAGACAAACUAUACUAUCAGAUGAGGCUUCAAAGUCAGCCAGAACACCUGCACGUGUUUCUACUCCAACGAGGUCAAAGCACAAAUCGCUAAGCUCGAACAAAAAGCAUGAAGAUGUACCUAGUGUGGAACCUGAAGAAUUGAUGUUGAGCACAGAAGUAAUAGAGCCGAGGGACAGUUGGGACCGAUUAGAAAGAGAAAGGGAUAUACGCCAAGGAAUUGAUCUAGCUACCACUCUUGAGCGCAUUGAGAAGAACUUCGUCAUCAGUGAUCCUCGUCUUCCUGAUAAUCCCAUUAUCUUUGCAUCAGACAGCUUUCUUGAACUGACAGAGUAUUCACGCGAGGAAAUUUUGGGGAGAAAUUGUCGGUUUCUUCAGGGGCCAGAGACAGAUCAAGCGACUGUCCAGAAGAUAAGAGACGCAAUUAAAGAUCAAAGGGAGAUAACUGUGCAGUUGAUAAACUACACUAAGAGCGGAAAGAAGUUCUGGAACUUAUUCCAUUUGCAACCUAUGCGUGAUCAGAAGGGAGAGCUUCAAUACUUCAUCGGUGUGCAACUUGAUGGAAGUGAUCAUGUGGAGCCCCUCCGAAAUCGUUUGUCUGAGAGAACGGAGAUGCAGAGUUCUAAAUUGGUGAAAGCUACAGCAACAAAUGUAGAUGAAGCUGUCAGAGAACUUCCAGAUGCUAAUACGCGGCCCGAAGACCUGUGGGCUGCACACUCAAAGCCUGUCUAUCCUCUGCCUCACAGUAUGGAGAGUACGUCCUGGAAAGCAAUACAAAAGAUCCAAGCGAGUGGAGAAAGAGUGGGACUACAUCAUUUCAAGCCAAUAAAACCUUUGGGCUCUGGUGAUACUGGCAGUGUCCAUUUGGUUGAACUGAAAGGCACAGGUGAGUUGUAUGCAAUGAAGGCAAUGGAGAAAACAAUGAUGUUGAAUCGUAACAAGGCUCACCGAGCAUGCAUCGAAAGGGAAAUUAUUUCCCUUCUGGAUCAUCCUUUCCUUCCCACUCUCUACGCUUCCUUUCAGACAUCUACGCAUGUUUGUUUGAUUACGGACUUCUGCCCCGGUGGAGAGUUGUUUGCACUGCUUGAUAGACAACCCAUGAAAAUAUUGUCAGAGGACUCAGCAAGGUUCUACGCGGCAGAGGUCGUUAUCGGCUUAGAAUAUCUUCACUGCUUAGGGAUAGUGUACCGUGACCUGAAGCCUGAAAAUAUACUGCUCAAGAAGGAUGGACACAUUGUAUUAGCUGACUUUGAUUUAUCAUUCAUGACAUCCUGCACACCCCAGCUUAUUAUUCCACCUGCUCCACACAAACGAAGAAGAUCCAAGACUCAACCGUUACCCACAUUUGUUGCAGAACCAGUUACCCAGUCAAACUCAUUCGUAGGGACCGAAGAAUACAUUGCGCCUGAGAUAAUUACGGGUGCUGGUCAUACGAGUGCUAUUGAUUGGUGGGCACUGGGAAUCUUGUUGUAUGAGAUGCUUUACGGUCGCACGCCUUUCAGGGGUAAGAAUAGGCAAAAGACAUUUGCCAACAUCUUGCACAAAGAUCUCACCUUCCCCAGCAGUAUCCCUGUAAGUCUUGUAGGUAGACAGUUGAUCAAUACAUUGUUGAAUAGAGAUCCGAGCAGCCGGUUAGGAUCCAAAGGUGGGGCGAAUGAGAUAAAGCAGCACGCUUUCUUCCGCGGGAUCAAUUGGCCUCUCAUACGCUGCAUGAGCCCUCCACCAUUGGAUGCACCGUUGCGCAUAAUCGAGAAAGAUCCGAAUGCCAAAGAUAUCAAAUGGGAAGAUGAUGGUGUGCUUGUGAAUUCUAUGGACAUCGACAUUGAUCUCUUCUAA